AAUUGAAGGAAAACGUAGAAGGAAGGAAGCAAGCAAGCAAAGCGUGGUAAUAACGCAGGGUUGUAUGAUUUGAUACCCUACACCUUCCCACACUCACACAAAACCUUUUCUUUCCUUCUAUCUACUACUACUAGCAAGUAGUAACUCCCUCCAAUUUUCUUUCAGCAAUGUCGAAUUUCUUAUCGAACAACACAAAUCCAAACCCUAACCCUAACAAAUCCAUCGAGGUGAAUCAACCUCCAACUGAUUCUGUUUCCAGUCUCAAUUUCAGUCCCAAAUCCAACUUACUUGUUGCUACUUCUUGGGAUAAUCAGGUUCGGUGUUGGGAGGUUGCUCGUGAUGGAGCAAAUAACGUUGCCACUAUGCCUAAGGCUUCUAUAGCGCAUGAUCAUCCGGUUUUGUGCUCUGCUUGGAAGGAUGAUGGCACAACUGUCUUCUCUGGUGGAUGUGACAAGCAAGUUAAAAUGUGGCCUCUGUUGUCUGGAGGACAACCAAUUACUGUAGCCAUGCACGAUGCACCUAUCAAAGAUAUUGCUUGGAUUCCCGAGAUGAACCUUUUAGCCACAGGAAGCUGGGACAAGAAUAUAAAGUAUUGGGAUACAAGGCAGCCAAAUCCAGUGCACACACAACAACUCCCAGAGCGCUGCUAUGCAAUGACAGUGAAACAUCCUCUGAUGGUAGUUGGCACUGCUGAUAGAAAUAUUAUUGUUUACAAUUUGCAAAAUCCUCAGGUUGAGUUUAAGAGAAUUGUUUCACCCUUAAAGUAUCAGACAAGGUGCCUUGCUGCGUUCCCUGAUCAACAAGGUUUCUUGGUUGGAUCAAUAGAAGGAAGAGUUGGAGUGCAUCAUUUGGAUGAUAGUCAGCAGGCUAAAAACUUCACUUUCAAAUGCCACAGAGAGGGGAAUGAAAUAUACUCAGUCAACUCUUUAAACUUCCAUCCUGUACACCACACAUUUGCUACGGCUGGUUCUGAUGGUGCUUUUAAUUUUUGGGACAAGGAUAGUAAACAGAGGCUUAAGGCCAUGUUAAGAUGCAGCCAACCCGUUCCUUGCAGUGCCUUUAACAAUGAUGGUUCAAUAUUUGCUUACUCAGUCUGCUAUGACUGGAGUAAAGGGGCAGAAAAUCAUAAUCCGGCAACAGCAAAGCCGUACAUUUUCCUGCACUUGCCACAGGAAUCUGAGGUCAAGGGAAAACCGCGCAUUGGUGCGACUGGCAGAAGGUAAAGGACGCUGCUCUGCAAUAUCGUUAGUGGGGUGGGUAUACUUCGAAGAAUUAUCAACUGAUGAUGCUUAAUGAUAUCUUUCAUUAAGUGUAUGUAUAAUAUGCAAGUGCCUAUGGUUUGUGUGUAUGUUUUUCAGUUUUAUGAACAAUAGGUUCUUUCAUGACUCUGCAAAACGAUACUUUUAGGUGUAAAUGUCGAUUUAAUUGUCGGAUUUUGUAAAGGAUAUAGAAAAUUAGCUAUAAAAUUUAGUAUAAAUAUUCUACCCUUCCAACA